CUCUCUGUUUCGUUCUCCAACCACAAAAGCUCGACUCCAUUAAAGCUCUCAGCUCUGGUUUCAUUAUCCACCAUAGAAGAAGUUCUGGUUCCGAUUCUCCAAGCUCACAGAACUCAUUGUGUAAUCAAAGAGUAAACGAUGACAUCUGUACCAGGCAGUGAUAAUCUAAUAUGGAGUGAUGAACAAAGCCGUUUUUAUCUUGAACUUCGACUUGAAGAGAAUCUAAAAGGCAAUAUAAGAAACCACAUAGUGAAUGAAGCUGGGAAACAAACGAUUACAUCCAAGUUCUAUGAUGCAUUUGGUGAGAAGCAUAAUUGGAAAAAAUUUAGGAGCAAGUUUAAUACGUGUAAGAAGCAAUACACAACUUUCAGGAAAUUGACUCAUAAUAGAACUGGAAUGAGCUAUUAUCCCAAUGGGUCCAUAGACAUGAGUGAUGAUUGGUGGGAUGAGCGUUGUAAGGAGUGGCCUGGAGCUAGAAAGAUAAAGGAUAAACCAGUACCAAACACUGAUUUAAUGGAAAAAAUGUUUGGGUCAGUUCAUAUAACUGGAGCUGAGGGUUGGAGUGCUCAACAGGGUGAAAACCAUUUAGACAACAACAUGAUGUUAGAUGACGAUGAGGCUGCUGAAUCAAGACAAGAACAUGAUGCUCCCGCAGCUUCCAAUGCUCCUGCAUCUUCCAAUGCUCCUGCAGCUUCCAAUGCUCCUGCAGCUUCCAAUGUACCAAAGUAUCCUCGAAAAAGACGUGCAGGACAAGCUGUGGAAGGAAAAGCAGUGGCAGAUGUGAUAAGGGAUAUUAUUCAAUCACGUGAUGAGAUACUUACCUACAAGAAUCAACUCAUGGAGAGUCACCCUGACUAUAGUUGUAGUCACCUUAGGGCUAUGAGGGUUUUAAAUUCUUUGUCUAGUAUAAGAAUGUGGUCUCCAUUGUUCAAAGCAGCUAUGAAACAUCUCAAGGAAGACGCUACCAACCGUCAAACGUUCAUAAGCUUUGAAGAUGAUGAGAACAAAGUUCUUUACUUGGAGUUUGAGACUGGUGAAAGCAGAGACUAGUGAAAGCAGAGACUGGUGAAAGCAGAGACUGGUGAAACAUAAUCUGUAGUUUUUUGUUUUUUUUUAGUUUGGUGUGUAGAGAAUCUGUAGUUUGGUGUGUUUGGUGUGUAUGACUUUGAUAAGAACA